AUGCCAAAUCAAGGAUUCCAAGCCCCGACUACUCAACCAAGGCAAUCUUCAGAAAAUUCACCUCCACCAAAUUGGGAAGCCAUGAUGGAAAUGAUGUUUAAAUCUCAAAUGAAGAGUGACGAGAGGUUUAGGCAAUUGACAGAGAAGUUGGAUCAAUUGGGUGCUCAUAACAAAAUGUUGGAAAGACAAAUUGCAAACCAAGCUUCUACUUCUAGUACUCAAGUCACAGGUAAGUUGCCCGCUUACCCUGAAAAUCCAAGGGAACAUGUCAAUGCCAUUAUAACAAGAAGUGGAAAGGAACUUGAGGAACCAUCUUUCCAAAUUGAAAAGCCAAUGCCAAGAGGAAGGAGUAAUGGAGAAAUUGAAGAAGAAGUUGAAAAAGAGGAAGCUACCCCUCCCACUUCUAUCCCAAAUCAACGAGUUCAUAACAAAGAUGAUGGAGUGAAGCCGGAGAGGAAAUAUGUACCACCUUUGCCAUUUCCUCAAAAAUUUCAAUGUCAAGCCAAAGAGAGUAGAUGGAAGAAAUUCUUGAAUUUGGUUGAAAAUUUGAAUGUGUCUAUCCCUUUGCUUGAUUUACUCACUCAAGUGCCUUCUUACGGCAAGUUUUUAAGGGAGAUUCUCUCGAGAAAAAGAAAACUUGGUACUCAAGAGAUGAUUGCUAUGACACAAGAGUACCGGACCCUAAUACAUGAUGAAGGAAAGUUUCCUACCAAGCUAAGGGAUCCCGGGAGUUUCACUAUCCCAUGUGUCAUUGGAGGGUUCACCAUAAAUAGAUCACUUUGUGAUCUAGGAGCAGGUGUUAAUGUAAUGCCUCUAUCUCUUUGCAAAAGGUUAAAUUUGGGAGAGCCAAAGCCGGUUCAACUCACACUUGAAUUUGCCGAUCGGUCAACCAAAAGCCCUAUUGGAAUACUUGAGGAUGUCCCGGUUCGAGUGGAUAAAUAUUUUGUGCCUUGUGAUUUUGUUGUUAUGGAUAUUAGAGAAGAUCCGUAUAUUCCAAUCAUAUUAGGGCGGCCUUUCUUGGCUACAACUGGAGCUAUAAUUGAUGCAAGGAAGGGAUCAAUAAUUUUUGACUUUGGAGAAGAGAAAGUAGCAUUUAAUGUUUUUGAUGAGCCUAAAUCUCCUUUUGUUGAAAAAUGUUAUCGGGUUGAUGAGGUUGGUAACAAGAGAUUGGAGAAGGGUGAAGAGUUUGAUGCUCUUGAUGAGAGAACUUUUGAUGAGCAUAAAAAGUUUAAAAAAAUUUUACAUGAGGAAGUUGGUGAUGUUGCACUUUUGGAGAAAGAAUCUAAGGUGAGAAAAAUUGAAGAAUAUGAAUUUUUGUUUGAAGAUGGAGGCCAAGUUCUACAAAAUAAGGGUAAAGAUUGGGCAAACAAUUCUAAAUUGAAGGCAUUGAUAGAAGAAUACCCUAUGGCUUUCAAGAGUUUUGUUGAGCGCUUCAUCGAGGCUAGGAAUUGGAAAUGCCUCGAAAAUCAUCCAGGAUGA